UCCUCAUAGAAUGCAGGUUAGAAUUACUUCCGCUGAACCAUGACAGGAACUCCCAGGAAAAGGUCUUGAUGGAAAUAUUCCUUUUUUUACAAAAAUGCAUACAUAUAAGUAUGUCAUUGCUUGAUUUGAAUGUUAAAAUCCAUCAGGAAAUAGUAUUGAUUUCAUUCUAUAGUAACUUGCAUUUAUUUUAUAAAAUGAUUCUGCAGUGCUCUUUCCAAUGUGGUAAAUCUAAGAAAAUUUUCCUCUGAUUUUUCUUUAUAUCUUCCUGUAUUUCUUACAAGAAUGGAAAGUUAUUUUAUCAGCAAAGUAUUUAAUUGUUCUUAUAAAUACUUUUUGGCUUCAACCAUGCAUAAACAUUUGCUGUUAGCAAUUAAAAACAAACAUAUGUACGUUUCAUGGUGUAAAGUAGGUACUUGAAAAUGUAUGUGUGUGUUUAUAUGUGUAUUUUUAAAGUAUCUUACCAGCUGCAUAUUAAUAUCCUUUGCCAAAGAAUGCUUUAUUCAGCCAUAGCUUACCUAGAAGAUCAAAUCCUCUUGUGUUAUCAUGAGGACCUUUUCAAUUUCAUAUGCUUAAUGAUGUUAAAAUUCUAUGUAUUGGACACAGAUAAGCUAAGGAAAUUCAGGAUAAAUCUGAUUUUUUCUUUUGAGAGUCCAGUCACUUGAUACUAUUCAAAGGCAUCAGAGUCUGAAGACAAAUAAACUGUCUAGAUGGCCAUGAAUUCUGGUAGAUGAAAGAGUCUUAACUGAUUCAUUUAAUAUGAGACUGUGUUACCAUGGCUAAAAAUACUUAAAAUCUAUGUGAUCACUGUAUAUUCUCCCCAUAGGAUAGUGGCACAUGUUUGAGAGUGUCAUCCUAGAGAAUACACUCCCCUUUCUGGACAGAAACCUCACCCCAUGACAAAGAUCUCUGUUUCUACCACAGGAUUCCCAGGCCUUGGCCACUUUGAAUUAAGUAGAGAGGAACAAAAUGGGGGUGGGGGGCAGGAUUCAGAUUUCUUUCUCCUGAGAAUUAAGUUGAGAUUAAACAAACAAACAAACAAACAAAACAGGAGUUCUUAUUGUGGCUCAGAGGGAGUGGACCAAUUAGUACCCAUAGUAUAUGGGUUUGAUCCUUGGCCUCGCUCAGUGGGUUAAAGAUCUGGCAUUGCAGCAAGCUGUUGCAUAGGUUGCAGAUGUGGCUCAGAUCUGGUGUUGCUCUAGCUGUGGCAUAGGCUGAAGCUGCAGCUCCGAUUCAACCCCUAGCCUGGGAACUUCCAUAUGCUGUAGGUGCAGCCGAGAAAAGAAAACAAAAAAGAAAUAUUUAUAUUCAAAGCCAUAUAACAUAUUUCAGGUAGGACAAUCUAUAUGUGAUGAGGACACUUCUUGAGUGGAAUUAGAAAAAUGCAAAGAGACCGCACAUCUGAUUCAUUCUCUCCCUCUGAAGAAAUGAUUCCAAGGGCCAUCCGAUGCAUGCAAAAAGGAGGGGGUUGCUGGUGAUAACCCUGGCCUGGCCACUUACCUGCCUUAGAAGGAGCAAAGGCUCAAUUAACUCAACUGUUUAUUCUUUGGGAAAAUAAAUGGGAGAAUGCACAUGAACACACUUUACAAGUGUAAAAACAAUAGUAAAAACCUAAUAUUUAAUUAGUUUUUUAUUAUUACUACUUACUAAUUUUUUUUUUCUCCCAGAAUGUUUGAGACAAUGACAGUUUGCCUUUGAAAUUUCCUUUUUUUAGGCUUCCCCAAAGGAUUUAUGUUUGCUUUAAACAGACCAAUAGAGUCUGAAACCUAGGCAAAUAAUCUUGACCCGAGAGCUGUUCUGCCUCUCCCGUGUUCCUCUUUUGCAGAUCUGCGUUAUAGCAGAGUGUGUUGCAUUUGAAUUCUAAGCUUAGAAGAAAAGUCUGUUUCUUUCAUCCAUAUGCUCCUUGGGUAACUGCAGACUUGCUUUUGUACUCUCAUCACUAAGACUUGCUAACUUUAAAAGAGGAAGAGGCACAGUGUAUGGACACAAUCACAAUAGUUAACGAUUUAGAGUUCAUUUUUGAAAUAUUUUCUUUUUAUCUUCAAACUUGAAGGCCUUUGGAUUGUAAACCUUUAAUGGGAGGAAUUUUUUCCUUUAUGUCUUCAUUCUUCACAGCAUUCAGUGCAGCACUUGACACAGUUUACACACCUAAUCAAUGCUUCCCGUCAUAAAUAAUUAUAAGAAGGCUAUAGUCAAAUUCUGUUUGAGAUUUUGUAAUAAACUGCAGCUUCAAGAGGCUCAAAGAACUGAAACAAAGGGAAUUUGCUCGAAAUGUAGCAUCUAAAUCCAGGAAAGAUGAAAGAAAACAGGAAAAGGCACUCCAACGCCUGCACAAGCUGGCUGAGCUAAGAAAGGAAACUGUAUGUGCUCCUGGAAGUGGCCCCAUGUUCAAGUCAACAACUGUUACUGUGAGAGAAAAUUAUAAUGAAAUUUCCCAAAGAGUUGUUGUGGAUUCAGUUAAUAACCAGGAAAAUUUCAAAUACACUUUGAUUCACAGUCAAGAGAAUGCUAAAGAUGUCACCACUGUUGCUGCAGAUCCAGAAAGCACGGAUAGUUAUACUGCCAAAAAUAACCAACUUGGAGAUCAAGCCCAGGGAAUUCACAGACACAAAAUUGGCUUUUCUUUUGCAUUUCCAAAGAAAGCAUCCGUGAAGCUGGAGUCGUCAGCUGCAGCCUUUUCUGAUUACAAUGAUGAUGCCUCUGUGGAAAGGGGAUUUAGCAGAAAAAGUAGAUUUGUCCCCGGUGCUUGUCAUCUUCAGCUAUCUUCACCAACAGAUGUGCUUUUGAGUUCUGAGGAGAAAGCUAACUCUUUUCACCCACCAGAGGUAAUGUGCACUGAUAAAGAAAAUGCACCAACUCAAGAGAUGAAAGAAGUUUCUAGUGAAAAAGAUCCAUUAUUUUCACCUCCAUUUUGCCAGUUUCAGCCCUCUUUAUCACCUGAUACAGAUAAUUGUCAAAAUUCUGUCCCAUUAUCAGAUCAAAUUCCAGUGGAAGAUGUUGUUUUUAAUGAAGAGAUACCUACAAAUGGCAACAGUUCUGAGCUGCUAGGAAAUAAAUCCACAGUUCUUGAUGUGGCUAACGACUGUGUAUCUUUGCAAGCUACCACAGAGGAAAAUGUUAAGGAUAAUGAUACAUCCACAAUUGAAGCUGAAAAUAAAAGUCACAGCCCUGACAUGCUGGCCUCUUCAAAUUCUGAAGAGGAUAAUAUAAUCUUACAUAGGAAAACGGACUUACAUAAAAGACCAUGCAAGCCAUUUGUACCUGUGCUUAACAAAGAUGGAUCCACAGUUCUUCAGUGGCCGUCAGAAAUGCUGAUUUACACGACUACUCAACCAUCAGUUUCCUAUAGCUGUAAUCCUCUCUGCUUUGACUUUAAGUCCACUAAAGUAAACAACAAUCUAGAUAAAAACAAGCUGCCCCUAAAUGAUCUUUAUUCUCAGCAGAAGGAAGACAUCUACAAGAGAUCAGUUUCAGGCUGCAAGGAUACAUCUAUUGCAGGACUCACUGAUUAUGAAAUUGGAGGCAGUGAAAAUGAAUACACCCAAGUCACUCCUCUUUUGGCUGAUGAUAAGCUCUCCAAUAGCUGUGAUUCUGGAAAAAAUGAGAAUAUGUGUCAGAGGUAUAAAAAUAUUUCCUGUAGGAAUAGAAAAACAAAAAAAUAUACUUUUACUAAAAAUCAGAAGAAAGAGCAUGCUCCAGGUGGCAAGUACAACAAAAUAAGAUUGAAAGAUGCUCAUGAACACUGGUUCCAUAAAAGUAGAAGGAAGAAAAAAAGAAGAAAGUUAUGUCACCAUCAUUAUGGAGAGAAAACCAAAGAAUCAGAAACUCACUUCAAAAUGGAAAUAGGAAAUAGUUACACAGAUAGAACUAGGAAAAAUUUACUGGAAAGAGUUUCAGGAAAGCAGUAUUUAUUAGCUGCAGAUCAGUUAUUAGAUUCACAGCAAUUACCUGAUAAAAGGCCCAAACCAGCAUCCAUAUACUUAAGUGAAAAUGAAGAAAUGUGUAAAACUCAGAACACUGAAUACAAUAAUAAUGAUAGUAUCAGUUCUAUAAACCAUUGUAAAAAGAAUUCAGUUGUUUUAAAUGGACAAUCCAAUUCAACAAUGGUACAUCCUGGGAAACAUAAUUUAACAUACUCCAGAACUUACUGUAGUUGGAAAGCCAAAAUGUCCAGCUGUAGUCAUGAUCACAGAUACUUAGUUCUUCAAAAUGAUAUGAAAUGUAUGAGUCAGAACCAGGCGGUUAAAAGAGGUUAUAAUUCUCUCAUUAAUGAAUCAGAAAGAUGCCAUCGAAAGCGUAGACAAUAUUCAUAUUCUUAUUCUUCAGACGAAAGUUUAAAUCAACAUCAUUAUUUACCAGAAGAAUUUUUGAGGCCACCCAGUGCUUCUGUUCCUUGUAAACCUAAAAGGAAACGGAGGAGAAAAAGAAGCAGAUUCCACACUGGUUUUGAAGCUUUGGAACUCAAAGAGAAGGCAGAUUAUCCUACUAAAUCUUCAUUACAUCACCAGGAUGAAAUAAUAAAUGAAGACAAAAAAGAGGAAAUAAAACCACAAGAAAUUGCAGAUGUCAAAAGGAACUCAGAACAAAUAGACCAAGUAGAAAACAGACUGGCUUUGCACACCAGCAGUCCCCUUCCUUCUGAAACCAGUGGUGAAACUGAGCAUGUCGUAAUGGAAACCACGUCUGGUGAACUGCCAGAGAUUUCCAGUGAACCCACCACGUCAGUGUAUAUAGCUAGUGCCCCAGCAAAAGAAGAAAUCAAUGGUACCUUGCUCAAACACAAAGAAAGAAGUGAGAAUAUAAAUACUAAUGAAAAGCAGACUCCUUUCAAGAUGACUCCUAUUGAAAGGAACUUUAGACAGCCACAACCUAAGUCAUACCUUUGCCAUUAUGAACUGGCUGAGGCCCUUCCACAAGGAAAGAUGAAUGAAGCAUCUACUGAGUGGCUGUGUUUUAAUUCAGGAAUCCUUAAUGCACAACCACCAUUACCACUCAAAGAAGCACACAUCAGUGGCCAUGCCUUUGUAACAACAGAGCAAAUCUUGGCUCCAUUAGCUUUACCAGAACAAGCAUUGUUGAUCCCAAUAGAAAACCAUGACAAAUUCAAAAAUCUACCAUGUGAAGUCUACCAGCACAUCAUACCACCCAAUGUGCUGGCCAACAAGGUCAAAUUCACUUUUCCUCCAGCUGCCCUCCCACCUCCUAGCACACCUCUGCAGCCUUUGCCUUUACAGCAGCCCUUAUGUUCUACCUCUGUAACCACAAUCCACCACACUGUUUUGCAGCAGCAUGCGGCAGCGGCUGCAGCUGCAGCCGCUGCUGCUGCUGCAGGGACCUUUAAGGUAUUUCAACCGCACCAACAGUUUCUGUCCCAGGUCCCAGCUCUUACCAGAACGGCGUUACCUCAGAUCUCAGUUGGACCAGUAGGACCAAGGCUUUGUCCUGGGAAUCAGCCAACUUUUGUUUCUCCUCCUCAGAUGCCAAUCAUUCCAGCUUCAGUUCUUCAUCCUAGCCAUCUGGCCUUCCCACCUCUCCCCCAUGCACUCUUUCCCUCACUGCUCUCCCCCCACCCUACAGUCAUCCCACUACAGCCCCUCUUCUAGUCAUCGCUGGGAAAGGGAAAGAAAAUGCUCAUGUGGAAACUACUGCUAUGUGCGUAAAUGCUCAACUAAGUGGAUAAUUGCCUAUUUAAAUGGUGGACAUAAACUAGCCAAAAUAUGGCAUCAUUGAUAUGAAAUCAUUUACUGUAAGUGUAAUGAUACAAAUAAAUUCUUAAGUUUCUGAUAUAUAAUAUUAUUAAGGCACUGAAUAGUUUGAAAAUCAAUACAAUAUAUUCUGUAUAUUAAAAUGAUGUCUUAAGAGUAUGUAUAAUGUACAUAAAAUAUAUUUAUAGUACUAUAAUUUAUGUUGUAAAGUAUGCUCUUUGUUUUUUUUAAUCUCUGUGUAUUUGCACCUAUUUAAUGUUUAGACAAAGCUGAUGGCACUAUGUUUUGUACCAUGUUCCUUGAAACUGUAAAUUCAGUGAAAGAUAUCUCUUGCAAUAAAUUUUUGUUAAAUACUUAAGUUAGUCAAAUCCUUGUUUUUAGUUGGUUUUCACUAUUUUGGGAAUGUAUAGUAACAGUAGGUUUUGAAUUUAUAUUGUACCUUUUAUCCAAUGGCAUCUCUGAACCUAAGAAGCUAAGCAGAAUAUCUUUGGAGUCUAUCAAUACUUAAUCUAUAAUAGCAUCUCUAAGAAUAAAUGUAACGGGUCCAUUUGCUUUUCUGUUUGUCUUAAUGCUGCUCAUACUCAGAGUUACACUUGGCCCUUUAAACAAUGAACCACAGAAAUUCUUGUUAAAGUAAUUUUAGUAUUUGGUGAGUAAGAGGUUGGGGGUAACUAUGAAAUAUGCCAAGUACAUAGUGUUCUUCCAACAACUAUAAAACAGUGCUGAGGUAAGAAUAGCAAGUAACCAAUAUAAGUUCUUAUAAAAAUUUUGUGUAUCAAAAUUAUCCAAUGUAGUAUGUUUAUUUUCAAUAUUUGGAGAAAGUACACAUAUAGCAGAAUGUUGGCAUGAAUUAAGGAAUAGGUUUAACAAUUAAUCACUAUUAUAUAACAUCUUGAGAAGAAUGGCAUAAAUACAAUCUGGAUAUACUCUUAAUUGAGAAUCUAGAAGUGGGAAAGACAGUAAAUAAAUAGCUCUUCCUUCUGCAAAUCUUUCUAGUAGUCAUGUGUGUAUCAUAUUUCAAAAUCACCCAGGAACAAUUAGAGUCACCCUUCCAGAUUAUGCUGUAUUUUUAAUGAUCUCUGCAUUCUUGUUCAUCUAAGUGCUGCUUCCAUGUGUUCUAAAGAAUGUAAUUAUUAAAUAGAAAACAGGGAACAUCACAUUUUUCUCAAGAGAGUUUCCUAAUGUGUACCUGCUGUAGUCCAUGCCUUUUUUAAUACAAAGUCUGCAUGCCUGGUGAAGAGGGGUCACCUCACCACAUGCAAAUGAUAAAGGAUGCUAGACUAGCAAUGACUCCAGGCAAAAGGGAGGCCAUCUGAAACCUUCUGAAGAGAGAACAACUUUUAAGUAAUGCUGUACUGAAGAAAUGCUAUUUUAUAUGAUUACUCAAGAAUUGGGUUAGUUUAAAUAAUAUUGAGCAUUAAACAUGUGUUCCCAUAUCAGAAUAAUCUAUAUUGAAUUCUAUUUUAAGAGAAAUAAAGGGAAAAAUCUA